AACCCCACCCCUUCAACCCCACAAUUCCGCCUCCCUUUCAUCGGCCGUUGCGGAGGCGAUGUCGACGCAGGCGAUGAUCGAUAGCCAACGCGAGGGCGCGGAGGUCUACCACGGCGCCGGACUCUGCAAGGAGCAGUCGAUGAAGCUACUGGACGAGAUCCACCUGCCCAGGGGCCUCCUCCCGCUGCCGGCCUUGGAGGAGGUCGGCUACAACCGGGCCACCGGGUUCGUGUGGCUGAAGCAGAAGAAGCCCGCCACCCACGUCUUCAAGGCGAUCGGAAAAACAGUGUCGUACGCGCCGCAGGUCACGGCCUUCGUGGAGGACCGGCGGAUGAAGCGAUUGUGCGGGGUCAAGAGCCGGGAGCUCCUCAUCUGGGUCUCCCUCUCGGACAUGUGCAUCGACGACCCCGAGUCGAAGCGGAUCACCUUCAAGACCCAAGCCGGUAUCGGUCUCUCCUUCCCCGUCUCCGCCUUCCAGACCGAGGAGGAGGAGGAGAAAUCCAAGGAGGAUGGUAAGUAGUCCCCCCCAGCUUCCAUUCAUCAAAUAAAUGAACCUUUAUAUAUAUAU